AUGAGAUGUGAGCCGCCCUUUGUGGAUGAGUUGGAAGACGACAACCCGCUCGGUUCGCGUGAAGCUCUGCUGUACUCUAUGGCGGCUUGUGCCCGGCUUUGUUAUGGAGCUGGUUUCGUCGACCGGGAGGAUUGGGGCAAAGCUGACCCGCCCCUCAAUGGAGAAGGUUGGCGCGUGGUGGAGCAGAUUUGCGAAUCCAUGAAUCUGGACAACCGUGUCCAAGCUGCCUGCUAUGUGCCGCAGAACCCCCAGCUCAGCGGCAUAGGUAUUGUUGCCAUCCGGGGGACAGUUUCAUUUCGCGGAGUGCUUCAAGACAUCGCAGUGGGCACACCGUUUAUGCGGAGGGCCAUCAGGCACGCGAUAAGGGAAGCGUGCAGCUUCUACUUGAAGUGCGAAGCCAGAUUUCCGAAGCUUCAGCUUUACAUCACUGGGCAUUCGCUGGGCGGCUUUAUCGCCCAGGCAACGGCAACCUAUGUUGAUGCCCCAGGUGCGGUCUUCAACUGCCCAGGGCCAGUAGCCGUGACGCCUUGGAAGGUGUUGGUCGGCCCACACCGCCCCAACUUCGAGGUGCACCUCACUCGGGAUGACCCGCUGGCCUUCGCAGUGUUCCCAAAGCCGGAAAACUUCCACCACAUUGCUUGGCCCCAGUGGCACCCUGGAUCAAAUCACAAAAUCUGCGAGCCGUACAUGAAGGCCAUCGAAGACAUGGAAGGAGUGGGUUCCUUGCACGGGCGCCUGCGGAACAAGACGCGAUGUUCCUAA